GUAACUAGAUAUCUUGAAAGAAGUUGCGUUUUGGGAUUUGCAUUUGUUUCGAGAUUUCCUAUUGGACACAAAUCCGGACGGAAGGCCACACUCCUGCCUGCCCCCAGGCUAAGGUUUCAAAGCGUCUGUUCGUACCAUGUUCCUGGACAGGCACAGUCCAGCAGCUCUCCCUUAAAUCAGCAAUUUGCAAAGUCUUGAACACAUCGUGGUGUCGUGGUCAGUCAGGUAGGACUGUCCAGCUGUGUCCUGCGAGCUCCAGACAGGUGUUGGUGUUUUCAUUUCAAAUGAUCCAUCAGCUCCCUAAUUGAACAAAUCACGUACUUCAGUGGCCAAAACAAUUUUUUUCAAAGUCUUCAGAAAUCCGAUGACUGAGGGUGACCGAUAAUUUAAGUCGCAGGUUGUACAUACUUGUUUUACACCGAGUCGCACAUUUAAUUUAGGACUGAGGGUAUCACCAAAGCACUCAUCUAACAAGCGUGAUUAAUGAUAAGAUAUUGAUGUUCUGAAUCUGAAUUCUGACAGUCUUUGGGAUUGUUGUUGUGGUCAUUAUUGAGGCCGGCCCUCUCUCCUCUCGGCUCGGCCCAGCCUCAGGCCUGUGGGCGGGAAGCUGCGGAGCGGACCGGCGGUUUUUAGUGCCCAAGAAGAUAAAAUAUUAGAAUCGCAUUUUUAACGGUGGGGUGAUUAAUUUGAUGGAUAUGUCGACCAACGGGCUGUCAGCCAGGGUCCAGCAGUUUUUAAACCCGGAGGAGCAGCAAAGAAAUUCGGAGUCGCAGAGCCCGUAUCGGCGCCUGGCGCGGCGCAUGCAGGCCCUGGUGGGUGAUGGAGGGAUCCUGAAGGAAGUGAUCCACCCUGGAGUUGGCCAGCUGGUCCCAGAGAACGCGUCCGUCUCGUUUCGUUACGCAGGCUUUCUGGAAUACUCCGACUCUCCGUUUGAAAGCAACUCCUAUUUGAAGCACCCUCGCCUGAUGAGGCUGGGAAGAGAGGUGACGCUGGUGGGCCUGGAGGUGGGCUUGCUGACCAUGCGCAAGGGCGAGUUUGCGCGUUUCCUGUUCCUGCCCGACUACGCGUACGGGGCGAUGGGCUGCCCUCCGCUCAUCCCUCCCGCUGCCACCGUCCUGUUUGAGGUGCACCUCCUCGACUUCCUGGACACGGCUGAAGUCGACAGCUUUUUCGACCUGACUCUGGAGCAGCAGCGCACAGUCCCGCUGUCCACGGCGCUCGGCGUGGUCGACACGGAGCGCACCUUCGGCAACCGCUGCUUCGGGCAAGGCCGCUACGAGGAGGCCAAGGAGCACUACAAAAAGGGGAUCGCUGUGCUGGGGGACCGCCAGCCAAUGGGCGAUGAAGAGAAGCGCAGCAUGGAAGCCCUGCAGCUGCCCAUCCUCCUCAACCUGUCCCUCACGCAGCUGCGCCUGGAGCGCCCAGCCAAGGCCCUGGAUUACGGGCAGAAGGCCUUGGAGAUCAGCCCCCACAACGCCAAGGCUCUCUUCCGCUGCGGGCAGGCCUACAUGGAGAUGGGAGAAUACAGAAAGGCCAGAAACUGCCUCAUGAUGGCACAGGAGAAAAAACCCUUGGACACAGACAUCAAAGACCUCUUGAAGAAGCUGGAAAGUUGCCACAAGGGUUAUGUGGCAGAGUGCAAGGAGAUGUGUGCCAGGAUGUUUGCAAGCUUAAAUGCUGCAUCAAAGAAAUAAAGCUUCAGCGGCGUGUGGAGUCUGUGGCCUCUGAGCAAGGGACUUGGAAAGUUACGGAAAAGAGACAACACCUCCAGUCGACUCUUUGAUUUGGACUCUUUUUGAAAAUACAGAUGUUAACAUAGCUGACUAGAUUCGGUAAGAUGUUAUUGAUAAACAGGUCUGCUUGUUAACCAAGUAUUUUUAGACAGGAUAUAUGUUGUUUAAAUUGAAAUGUUCCGUUUUUUCUCUUAGUCGUUAGAAUGCUUCUGUUGAGAAUGAAGGUGUUCUCCCAGCUCUGGGGUAAACCGCCAGGAUAGUUUUGCUGGAUGAGCACAGGGGUUUGGCCUGCAGUGGAAAACCAAGUGUGCGGAGCCCAUGGGCGUGUCCAGGCCAUUGGGAUGGGCCUCCUCUUGCAGAUCUACAAGCGGAGGGAUGGAAAUUGGAUCUAUCUGUGUCUCUGCAAAUUGCUGUGUUUUAGCAAUUAGUGCUAACAAAACACCAGCCACAUUGAUCUCAAUGUGUUUUUUGACCUCUUCCACAAAAACCUAUUCAUCCCUACCAGAAGCACGGAGUCAAAGAAAAAAUCUCUAGGCAGCAAGUUAGAAUUUAUUUGUAAAAAGAGAGAUGUCUUUAAUAGAAGCUGCAAAACCUGGGUUUUUCCAGGGCCCCAGGAAUGACAUGGUUUUCCAUGAGUGAGUUAUUGAUUUACGGUUUAGUUUUGAUUAUGUUUGCUCCAUUAGGUUUUGAAUCUGUUCUAGCACCAAGUGAGGUCUUUUGGAACAGCAGUUCCAAAACUAUCCCAGAGCUUGAGCUGGUGGGUUAGUUCAUUUUUUUUCUAGAUUUUUCGGUUGCUGCCAAUAAACUGCUCUUCAGAUUGA